AUGGCGAAUUCAAGCUCUUCUCUCCCUCCUCUCUGUGAAAAGAUCUCGUACAAAAGCUAUGUUCUAAGAGCUGUUGAUCUCACGAUUAUUGGCCUUUUCUUUUCUCUUCUCGUGUACCGAAUCCUACAUAUGAACCAAAACGACACCGUUUGGGUCGUGGCUUUCCUUUGUGAAUCCUUUUUUUCUUUCGUAUGGUUGCUUAUUACUUCCAUAAAAUGGAGUCCUGCUGAUUAUAAAUCCUAUCCAGACAGACUUGAUAAAAGGGCUCAUGACCUUCCUUCGGUAGAUAUGUUUGUGACCACGGCGGAUCCGGUCAGGGAGCCGCCGAUUAUCGUUGUGAACACCGUGCUUUCUCUUUUAGCUGUGAACUAUCCCGCGAACAAACUAGCAUGUUAUGUGUCGGACGAUGGAUGCUCACCUCUCACUUACUUCUCUCUCAAAGAAGCUUCAAAGUUCGCUAAGAUUUGGGUUCCUUUUUGCAAGAAAUACAACGUUAAAGUUAGAGCUCCUUUUAGAUAUUUCUUAAACCCUGUGACCGCAACAGAGGAUCCUGAGUUUGCUAUAGAAUGGGAAAUGACCAAGAGGGAGUACGAUAAGUUAACUCAGAAAGUGGAAGAUGCCGAAGAUUCCCAUUGGUUGAAUGCUGACGACGAUUUUGAAGCUUUCUCAAACACAAAACCAAAUGAUCAUUCAACUAUAGUUAAGGUGAUAUGGGAGAACAAGGGAGGUGUUGGAGACGAGAAAGAGGUCCCUCAUCUUGUAUACAUUUCAAGAGAGAAAAGACCAAAUUACCUUCAUCAUUACAAAGCUGGAGCCAUGAACUUUCUGGUUAGAGUGUCAGGGUUAAUGACAAAUGCACCAUACAUGUUAAACGUAGACUGUGACAUGUAUGCCAAUGAAGCGGAUGUGGUGCGACAAGCAAUGUGUAUAUUUCUGCAAGAAUCAAUGAAUCAAAACCAUUGUGCUUUUGUCCAAUUCCCUCAAGAUUUCUAUGAUUCUAACGCCGAUGAACUCACCGUCUUACAAUCAUAUGUGGGGCGAGGAAUUGCGGGAAUUCAAGGACCGAUAUAUGCAGGAUCGGGGUGCCUCCACACCAGAAGAGUUAUGUAUGGUCUUUCUCUAGAUGAUUUAGAAGACGAUGGAAGUCUAUCUUCAGUUGCUACAAGGAAGUUUUUGGCUGAGGAAAAUUUAGUGAGGGAAUUUGGGAAUUCCAAGGAGAUGGCGAAUUCGGUGAUCGAUGCAUUACAAAGAAAAUCAAAUCCUCAAGCUAUCCUUACAAACUCCCUCGAAGCAGCCAACGAAGUGGGGCAUUGUCCCUAUGAGUAUCAAACGAGCUGGGGCAAAACUAUUGGUUGGUUAUACGAUGCAACGGCCGAAGAUGUGAACACAAGUAUCGGAAUCCAUUCGAGAGGAUGGACUAGCUCAUAUAUAUCUCCGAAUCCGCCAUCAUUUCUAGGCUGUAUGCCGCCGGGAGGACCCGAGGCAAUUCUCCAACAGCGGCGAUGGGCUACAGGAAUGCUUGAAAUCCUUUUCAACAAACAAAGUCCUUUGAUCGGAAUGUUUCACCGGAAAAUAAGAUUCCGACAACGAUUGGCUUAUCUUUACCUUUCAAGUUGGGGUCUAAGGUCAAUCCCUGAGCUGUUUUAUUGUCUUUUGCCUGCUUAUUCCCUAUUCCACAACUCUUCCUUAUUUCCCAAGGGACCUUGUCUAGGGAUAAUCGUGACACUUGUGGGGAUGCACUGUCUCUACACUCAAUGGGAAUUCAUGAGCCUUGGUUUUUCGGUACAAUCAUGCAUCUUUGAUGUCAUACUCAAGCUUUUUGGAAUCUCGAAAAUCGUGUUCAUAGUCACUAAAAAGACUAUGCCCGACACAAAGUCAAGGUCUAGGAACGGACCAUCUCAACAAAAAGAUGAUGGUCCAGACCCGGAUUUAGGUAAAUUUGAAUUUGAUGGCUCGCUUUAUUUCUUUCCUGGCACAUUUAUUUUGUUGGUGAAUCUAGCCGCUCUAGCCGUGUUUUUGAUUGAUCUACCACUGUCAAGUCACAUUCACGGAAGAAGUGGUUCGGGUUGGCCAGAGGCUUGUGGAUGUGUUUUGGUGGUUAUGUUGUUCCUUCCGUUUCUAAAGGGUUUAUAUGAGAAAGGCAAAUAUGGUAUCCCAUUGUCUACUCUUUCUAAAGCUACCUUUUUAGCAGUUAUAUUUGUUGUUUUCUCCGUGGGAAAGUAG